CACAGAUCUCCACCUCAUUGGGAUCUGCUAAUCUGAAAUGAUGGACUAAACCGGACCAUUUAGUCAGCUGUAGCUCACUUGAGGAAUCUCCUGAAGAUUGGAUAACAAACCCUCAGUUCUGUCAUGCUGGAACCAGAACAUGGCCCUAUAAUGCAGGUGGAGCACACCCAUACAAGGUGUUGGGUGUGUGUGCUGAGCUGCCUUCUGCUCGCCUGUCAGUACGUUGGCAGUUUGUACGUCUGGAGAAGCAGCUUACCCAGGGACCAUCCCAGAAUGAUAAAGCGUCGCUGUGCCAGUGUGCUGCUGGUUUCUGCACUGUCACCUGCAGUGGUGAAAGCAUGGAUGCACUGGGCUGAUGUCAGGGUCGAUGCAUCUGUGUGGGAGUUGAUGGGACUUCGUUUGGACGGUCUGGUUCCUGCAGCCAUACUGCCACUACUACUAACCAUGGUAUUUUACCUCGGACCCCUGGUUCAUUCUGCGAUAGACAACCCCGAAGGCUUCAAUGAGGAACUGCAGUCUGCACUAGAUGUUCAGUCAUGGAGGUUGUGUUUAGGUGAUGCAGUGUGGCUCAGGAACCAGGUGGUGGCACCAGUGACGGAGGAGCUGGUGUUCAGAGGGGCCAUGCUGCCCAUGCUGGUGUCCUGCACUGGACCCACAGCUGCCAUCUUUAUGGCUCCGCUGUUCUUCGGUGUUGCCCAUUUCCACCAUAUCGCAGAGCAACGCCGCCUCCACAAGGACAGUAUGAGUGUCAUCCUCUUAGUGUCAGUGAUACAGUUCUUGUACACAACUGUGUUCGGUGCCUUCACGGCCUUUAUAUUCAUGAGAACUGGCCAUGUUGUGGGUCCAAUUUUGUGCCAUUCAUUCUGUAACAGUCAAGGGCUGCCUGACAUCAGCUCUGCCCUGCAACACCCUCAACGAUCAGCUCUACUCUUUUCAUAUCUGAUGGGGGUGCUGCUUUUUUUGGUGCUACUCUUCCCGCUGACAGACCCCUUCCUCUAUGGUUCCAUUCCCAUCUGCAGCCUGGCUGUACCUGCAGCAUCUGUAUGCUAGAUUAAAUGAAAUGAAAUGCCUGCUCUUAA